GCUACUUCUGAGACGAGGUGAUGAGAGUUUGGCCGACAAAACACAAGGUAUUUCUCUCCCGCUUCUCCGCCAUGCCUGUCAGCGGCUGCCCCUCCCCCCUUCGCAUCCAUGCUGGGGUCUGCACCUAUGCCCCCUCGCAAGGGAGGCGAGUCCGACACCUCCAUCCAGCCCUGCCCCCAUUGCUGCACUGCCACACCGUCUCACUUGGUGUCCUUCUCCUGCUGCUCUGCCUUCUUCACCUGCCCCCCACCUGUCACUCACGGAGAGAGAAGGGCGGCGGAGGAGGUGGCAGCCAGUACAUUCCCAUCCCUCCGCCCCCUCCGCACCAUAUGGCUCUGCCCAACAUCCUGCGUGGCCUAAGCAUCGCUGUUGUCCUGGUGGGCAACUCCAGUGAGAUGGCACUGGCCGGUGCUCGGGAGAAGGAAGACUUUCUACACAUGGCGCCCAACGUAGAGAUCCUGACCAUGAAUGAGACGGACCCUAAAAGCAUCAUAAAAAGCAUCUGCGACUUAAUGACGGAGCACUGGCUACAAGGUGUGGUGUUUGGAGAUGACACGGACCAGGAGGCCAUCGCCCAGAUCCUGGACUUCAUUUCGGCCCAGACCCAUAUCCCCAUCCUGGGAGUCCGCGGAGGUUCGUCCAUGAUCAUGGCUGCUAAGGAUGACGACUCCAUGUUCUUUCAGUUUGGCCCCUCCAUUGAGCAGCAAGCUUCAGUCAUGCUCAACAUCAUGGAGGAAUAUGACUGGUACAUCUUCUCCAUUGUCACCACAUAUUACCCGGGGUACCAGGACUUUGUCACCAAGAUUCGGAGCACCAUCGAGAACAGUUUUGUGGGCUGGGAACUGGAGGAAGUGUUACUUCUUGACAUGUCUGUAGACGACGGCGAUUCAAAGAUUCAAAACCAGCUAAAGAAGCUCCAGAGUCCCGUUAUUCUUUUGUACUGCACAAAAGAAGAGGCCAACACCAUUUUUGAGGUGGCCCAUUCCGUGGGGAUUACUGGCUAUGGCUACACAUGGAUAGUGCCCUCACUCAUCGCUGGAGACACUGACGUAGUCCCUGCAGAGUUCCCAACAGGGCUGCUGUCUGUGUCCUACGACGAGUGGGACUACGGCCUCGAGGCUCGUGUUCGCGAUGGGGUGGCUAUUAUAACCAUGGCAACUUCCACCAUGAUGAUGGACCGAGGACCUCACACCUUGCUCAAGUCGGAGUGCCACGGAGCUCCUGACAAGAAGACCCCCAUUUCGGGCAAUCCUAAUGAAGUCCUCAGGUACCUAAUGAAUGUGACGUUUGAGGGCCGUAAUCUGUCGUUCAGUGAGGACGGCUACCAGAUGCACCCCAAGCUGGUCAUCAUUCUGCUCAACAAGGACAGACAGUGGGACAGGGUGGGCAAAUGGGAGAAUGGUUCCCUCUCCAUGAAGUACCACGUGUGGCCUCGCUAUGAACUCUAUGGUGGGGUUGCAGCCAGGGAGGACGACCACCUGUCCAUUGUGACACUGGAGGAGGCUCCUUUCGUCAUCGUGGAAGACGUGGACCCGCUUAGUGGGACUUGCAUGAGGAACACCGUGCCCUGCCGCAAACAGAUCAAAACAUUGAAUCAGACGAAGGAGUCAGGGAUCUACAUCAAACGUUGCUGCAAGGGCUUCUGCAUUGACAUCCUAAAGAAGAUCGCCAAGUCAGUCAAGUUCACAUAUGAUUUGUACCUCGUUACUAAUGGCAAACAUGGCAAGAAGAUCAAUGGAACUUGGAACGGCAUGGUGGGAGAGGUGGUGUUAAAAAAUGCCCACAUGGCCGUCGGUUCCUUGACCAUCAACGAGGAAAGGUCAGAGGUCAUCGACUUCUCCGUCCCCUUCAUCGAGACUGGCAUCAGCGUCAUGGUCUCCCGUAGCAACGGCACCGUUUCACCCUCUGCCUUCUUAGAGCCCUUCAGUGCGGAUGUGUGGGUGAUGAUGUUCGUGAUGCUGUUGCUGGUGUCAGCAUUUGCCGUGUUCAUUUUUGAGUACUUCAGCCCCGUGGGCUACAACCGCUGUCUGGCUGACGGCAGAGAGCCACAUGGUCCAUCCUUCACCAUUGGCAAAGCCAUCUGGUUGUUGUGGGGUCUGGUUUUCAACAACUCUGUGCCGGUGCAGAAUCCCAAAGGUACCACCAGUAAGAUCAUGGUGUCAGUGUGGGCCUUCUUUGCUGUCAUCUUCUUGGCCUCCUAUACUGCAAACUUGGCUGCUUUCAUGAUCCAGGAGGAAUACGUGGACCAGGUAACGGGACUGUCGGACAAAAAGUUCCAAAGCCCCAACGACUUCUCGCCUCCCUUUCGGUUUGGCACGGUCCCAAAUGGGAGUACAGAGAGAAACAUAAGGAACAACUACCCAGAGAUGCACUCCUACAUGACCAAGUUUCAUCAGAGAAAUGUCAACGAGGCUCUUCAGAGCCUCAAAGCUGGGAAACUAGACGCUUUCAUUUAUGACGCGGCCGUGCUGAAUUACAUGGCUGGCAGAGACGAGGGCUGCAAGCUGGUGACCAUCGGCAGCGGCUACAUCUUCGCCACCACCGGCUACGGCAUCGCCAUCCAGAAGGAGUCGCUCUGGAAGAGACACGUGGACCUGGCCAUCCUGCAGCUCUUCGGAGACGGUGAGAUGGAGGAGCUGGAGUCCCUGUGGCUGACGGGAAUCUGCCACCAUGAGAAGAAUGAGGUGAUGUCCAGUCAGCUGGAUGUGGACAACAUGGCGGGGGUCUUCUACAUGCUAGGGGCCGCCAUGGCACUGUCGCUCAUCACAUUCAUCUGCGAACACUGGUUCUACUGGCAGCUGCGUUUCUGCUUCAUGGGUGUCUGCUCGGGCCGCCCUGGCUUUGUCUUUUCCAUCAGCAGGGGCAUCUACAGCUGUAUUCAUGGUGUUCAGAUUGAAGAGAAAAGCAGCUCAGCAUUGAACUCCCCAUCAGCUACCAUGAACAACACUCAUUCCAACAUCUUGCGCCUCUUACGCACUGCCAAGAACAUGGCCUCUGGGGUGAACGGCUCGCCGCACAGCGCUCUUGACUUCAUUCGACGCGAAUCUUCCGUUUAUGACAUCUCGGAACACAGACGCAGCCUGGCAGGCCACUCGGACUGCAAGCCACCUUACUUAUCAGAAGAUAACAUGUUCAGUGACUACAUCAGUGAGGUGGAGAGGACGUUUGGCAACGUCCACAUGAAAGACAGUAAUCUGUACCAGGACCACUACCUGCACCAUCAUGGUUCCACACUUGGGCUCAGUGGACCACCUCCCAACAGGCCCCAUAGUUUGGGCAGUGCCAGUUCCCUGGAGGGUGGCAUGUUUGACUGUGACAGCCUCGGAGGCGGGGUACCACCUAUUUUCACCACUCAGCCCUGCUCAGCACUGACCCACAGAAACAUGAGCAAGUUUGACCUUCUGUCUGGACAAACUCCACCCACUGGCCAAGGCUUUCAGAGUGGCCUGCCUGACUUGUAUGGGAAGUUUUCUUUCAAGGGAGGUGCCUCAAGUUCCACCUACAUCCCUGGGCCUAGUUACUGUGGAGGAAGAGGGGAUGACGAUGGGAAUAUACGAUCUGAUGUCUCUGAUAUUUCCACACACACAGUAACCUAUGGGAACCUGGAAGGUAAUGCAAAGAAGCGCAAACAAUACCGUGAUAGCCUGAAAAAGAGGCCAGCCUCUGCUAAGUCCAGACGGGAGCUGGAUGAGAUUGAGCUGGGCUACAGGAGAAAACCUUACCACAUCAGCCACCACCACUACCACAACCAUCGCUCUGCCUCACCACCACUUUUGCCAUCUGAACGUAAGCGAGGGGGAGGAGUAAAUAAUGACACAAACUAUCUCUUCAGAGAAAAGGAGAGCGUUAGGGACUUUUAUUUGGACCAGUUCCGCCCAAAAGAGGGUGUCCCUCAGUGGGAACAUGUAGAUUUGACCGAGGCCCCAGGGAACAGAGAUAGUGGAGUACCAACUUGCACUUCUCUGGUUCCGGUGGAGGACUUUCUCAAGAGCAAGCCCAAAAAGUCUGACUCCAAAAGUGUCGGAGGUUCCGGCUUGGCAGGAGGUGAUUGGGAGUGCAGGAACUGUCGGUCUGGAGGAGGAGUGAAGCAGAUGUCCAUGCAUGGAGCAGGGGUUGGUGGUGGGUAUGGUGGUGGUAUAAGCUGUGGGUCCUCAGGGGGUGGAGGAAGCAGUCGCCCCAGCUCUGCAACCUGUAUGCGCUGUGAGGGCUGUAAAAAGACAGGAAACCUCUACGACAUCAGUGAGGACAACAACCACCUCUUGGAACAGAUUGGUGGAGGGAAAGGUGCGGGAGGAGGAGGCAUGGGUGCAAUCCUCCAGCCACAAUCUCAAGUCCAGCAGAGGAGAAAGGGUGGAGGAUUCGGCAAGCCACUCAGGCGGCAGCAUUCGUAUGACGCGUUUGUCGACCUUCAGAAAGAUGACUCGAGCGGCAUGGGGAGCAUGAUGGGAGGUAUGGGUGGAGUCGGGGGAAUGAGUGGUCCAGGUAUGGGAGGAAUGCUGCCACCUCCCAGAAGUGUUAGCUUGAAGGAGAAGGAGCGCUACAUGGAGGGCACCAGCCCCUUUGCACACAUAUUUGAGCGUCACGGUGGCUCUGAGAGAGAGAGGGAAAGAGACAGGGACCCUUCGUUUUAUGGAGGUGAGGGCCGGUUCGGGGGCCUGUUCAGAGGAGGCGAGGGUCUCCAUCGUCGCUCGGUAGGAGAGAGAGACUUGAGAGACAGGGAUAGGUCCCUGAUGGAAGGUGGAGGCGGGGCAGGAUUCUCUUUAUCCAAAUCUCUUUAUCCUGACCGUGUUAACCAGAACCCCUUUAUACCCACGUUUGAUGAUGACCAGUGUCUCAUGCAUGGAGCAAAACAAUAUUACAUGAAAAAGCAGCAGCAACAGGUUGCCAAAAACAGCCGAAGUGACUUCAGGAGCCAGAUGAGCACGACUUCUUAUCUGCCAGCGUCUGCCACGGCCGGGGUUAUGUCGAAUGUGUCCCCCCGUUUCCCGAAAGAGCUCAGCCUGGGUGGGCUGAACCACCAUGGCUCCAUGCUAGGGGUCGGCCCACCGCGACCCUUCGAUGGAAGCAACGGCCAUGUCUACGAGAAACUGUCCAGCAUUGAGUCGGACGUGUGAGAGAUCAAGACUGGAUUUGGGAUUAGGAAUGGAAUAGAGGUGUGUAGUGUUAGGAGAUCAGGGAUGUUUUUAAAGACACUGUCCACACACUGCAUCUCUAUCCCAUACAGAGACAGGAAUUUAAGGUGAGCUAGGUGAGAGCCAAGUGUGGUGUCAGAAGUCGGAUGCAAACUUGAGUAACAGAAAAAUCUAUAUUUUGCAAACAAAUCUAGGUAAAAAGAACAUCAGGACACCUUCAUGAGGUGGGGGAAUGUGACCCCUCUCACAAAUUGCCAAAGCUA